GGCGACAGCGUCGGCGGUGAUGGGUAGAUGGGUCCUUGACUUGAAUGUGAUAGGCCUCCCUUUACAAUCUUGGCCUCACGCACGUUGUGAUGACAAGUGUGUCUUUGCUAAGAAGUCAUGUACUCUACGCGAGGCCAUGAUGUAUCAAUGAUACGACCAUGGUCGAAUCAACAGCAACGUCAGCGCGAGCGUGGCUGGUUGAUUCCAUAAGCAUUGGCGAAUGAUGCGCGAUCUGCAUCCCAGCAUGCUGCUCCACCAGCCAAGCACCCCCGCGAACGUUCUUGUGGAUGCAUCCACAGCUUUGUUCUGUGCUGUUCCACGCCAUCGUCCAUCGAACACAAUUUCUCACGUUUAUUAUUCCCAUUUUCAAGUCGCAACCCAUUCUCCAUGUACACGUUGUACUAUUCGCCUGCGACAGCAAGCAUGAUCGUACAUCACAUGCUCAAGGAACUGCGCGUUCCCCACGAGCUCCGUCUCGUGGACAUUGAUACCGGGGCACAGAAAGACCCAAAGUACCUCCGCUUGAACCCGAACGGCCAAGUGCCGACACUGGUGGUCGACGGGCGGCCCAUGUACGAGGCCGCGGCGAUCACGCUGUUCCUCGCGGAUCGCCAUCGCCGACGACGAGCGCCGCGCCACGUAUCUCAGUGGAUGUUCCACUUGGCCAACACGUUGCAGCCGGCCUUCCGCCUGUGGUUCUACGCGAAGGACCUCCCCCACGUCGAUCACGCCACCGUUAAGGCCGACGUCCAAGCGUGCAUCGAAGCUGUGUGGGACCGCGUGGAAUCCCAUCUCGUCGCGGCGAAUUCGUCGUACAUGCUAGGAGCGUCCGUCUCCGCCCUCGACCUGUACCUUGUCAUGCUCAUGCGGUGGUCUAGAAACAUGCCGAAACCAGCGACGGAAUGGCCGCGGGUGGCGAGUGUCGCCCAUCGCGUCAAAGAAACCACAAGCUGGAAGAACAUGAACGCCGCGGAAGGCAACACCGACUGGCCGUAGAUGUCAGACAUCUAAGUGCAACGAGCACUUCAACCCGUGCAUCAUUCAUGGCCA